UUUGUAUUCUUCGUGUUUUUUGCCCAGACGUCGAUGUAAGCGAACGCGUCGCUCGUUUCGGUUUCGGUUCCGUUUCGGUUUCCAAAUAAUUUUCAUAACUACUUAAAAGAUACAGAAAUUCUUUGCAAAACUAUCUGAAAGAUACAUCAAAGAUAAAACCUAGUUUAACAAUUUUCGAAUGCAUAUUUGGUCUUUUUUUUUUAAGUGCAAAUUCCUCCUUCCAGUGAGUGUUGCUUACGAAAAUUCCUUAUUCGAAAUUAAAGAUGUUUAAAAUUGAUAUCUAACAAAUUCUCAAUUGGCUGUUGUGUGAAUGUUUCCUCUUCUUUUUUUUAUCUAUCUGUACACGCGUAUAUACAAAUACAGAAAUACAGAAUUUAAUUUUUUCUAUUAUGUGUGCAAUUAUUAAAUAAAUAUACGGCCUCCCUCCAAUAAAAUAUUUUGGUGUGUGAAAAAACAAAAAAAAAAUACAGGAAAAAAGUGCGGGGCAGAGCGGAGAAGCCAGAGCCAGCCACAAAUUAAACGCGUAAAUUGCGUGGCAAAUUCUGAAUGAAAAAAUAAUAGAAACAGAGCCCGUGUCCGUGUCCGAGUCCGAGGAACGGAGAGCGAGAAGAGAAUCAGAAUCAGACGAGUUAGGCUUACCAGCCCCAAUACGGACAGCGACAACGCCCAAAAACUGACAAAUAAGCACUGCCAUAUUGCAACAAGGAGCAUCUACAAAUUAAACUGAUAGAAAGGACAAAAAACCAUAUAUCAACAGAGCAACCAAACUACCUCGAUUGCUGCUUGGCGCCAGCCAAUAAAAAAUAAUUUGAACCGAAUGAAGAACCAGAAGCCCAGUGAAAGUCCAUCUCCAAUGUAGGGGGGAAAAUGGAACAGGUAAUAACCAGUAGCAGGACCACUUAAAGGACAAAGGACAGGACGAAACCAGUACAGUUUCGCUUACACAGAGCACUCUCCAAACGCUUCCGCUCCGAAUCCAAUUAAGUCCCUUAGACGUACUUGAUCAAAGAACUCCAGUAGGAAACAGAUACCUUGAGGUAUAAUGAAGAGCAACGGGGAUGUGGAGGCGGCAACGCCUCAGCCUGUGGCAGGAUCAAAGGCCAGCAACGGUCAUGGUCACGGCCAGAGCAAUGGCAAUGGCAAUGGCAACGGCACUGGCAAUGGCAAUGGUUACCAUCAGAACGGAGGAAGACGCGACUCCACGCAGGCCUUUACGCCUCUUCUCGCCCAGCACAAUCAGACAAACGGCGAGGGGUUGGGCAACCAGGCCCCCCCGGCCACGCCCACAGGCAACACUGUGCUGUACGAGAGCACGCCCAGCAACAACAACGAGUGGAAGGCCUCGGAGGACAUCAAUAACCUUAAGAACGGCCUCGGGGGCCUGCUGAGCAGCAACAACAACGGCACUGGCAACGGGCACAGUCUCCGCGAGAAGUACGCCCACGAGCAGGCACCACUGACUGGGGGCUACAAGCUGCCAAAGCGCUCCAGCGAAUCGGAGGAGUCGGACGACUUUGAUUCGGACCUCAAUGGGGGCGCCGACGAGGGCUCCAGCUGCGGGCUGUUCGGCUGCCGGCCAAGAUGGGCGCGUCGGUUUGCCUCGACGCACGUGUUCAUGGUGGUGUUCCUGCUGGCGUACAUCCUGCAGGGCAUGUACAUGACCUACUUUGUGUCGGUGAUCACCACGAUCGAGAAGCUAUUCCAGAUCAAGUCCAAGACCACGGGCUUCCUGCUGAGCGCCAGCGAGAUGGGCCAGAUCUGCACGGCCAUGCUGCUCACGUAUUUUGCGGGACGGGGCCAUCGCCCCCGUUGGAUUGCCUGCGGCAUGGUGUUAUUCUCGAUUGCCGCCUUUGCCUGUGCCUUGCCCCACUUUAUCUUCGGGGAGCAGCUGAUGCACUCCAGCGUGAUCCUUCAGCAGCAGCAACAGGUGCUCCCUGCGCGAUCGGAGUCAUCUUCGUCUUUGAUGUGGCACAAUGCCACCCGAGAGAUGCUGAAUCCGAAUCUCUGCCAUUUGGGCGGUAAUGGUUCGCUGGCCGGCAGCGAGUGCAACGAGGAGCGGCAGCUGGAGCAGGCCUCCCACUCGAAGAUCACCGUCAUCGUCCUGUGCAUCUUCUUUGGCAGUUUGCUCAGCUCUGGCAUUGGCCAGACGGCCGUGGCCACCCUCGGAAUACCCUACAUCGAUGACAAUGUCGGCAGCAAGCAGUCGCCCAUGUACAUGGCCGUCACCAUUGGCAUGCGGAUCCUUGGACCCGCCUCCGGCUUCAUCUUUGGCAGCUUCUGCACGCGCUGGUACGUGAAUUUCUCGAAUCCCGGCUUCGAUGCCACCGAUCCGCGUUGGAUUGGCGCCUGGUGGCUGGGACCCGUGGCCAUUGGCAGCCUAAUGCUGUUAACCUCCAUUGCCAUGUUCUCGUUCCCCAAGCAGCUGCGGGGAAAGCAGCAGACCCAGGCCCAGGUGGUGGCCGCUGCGGCAGCUGCCCCCGAGCCAGAGGAGAAGCCCAAGCUCAAGGAUUUCCCCAAGACAGUGCGCCGGCAGCUGAGCAACGAUAUACUGAUGUUCCGCACUGCUUCCUGUGUGUUCCAUCUACUGCCCAUUGCCGGCCUGUACACGUUCCUGCCCAAGUACCUGGAGACACAGUUUCGGCUGGCCACCUACGAUGCCAACAUGAUUGCCGCCUUCUGCGGCAUCCUGGUCAUGGGCAUUGGCAUUGUCAUCUCUGGUCUGUUCAUACUGAAGCGCAAGCCAACGGCCCAGGGCGUGGCCGCCUGGAUUGCCUUUACCGCUUUGGUCUAUUCGGCGGGCAUGAUCAUCCUGAUGUUUAUUGGCUGCAGCAUGGAUGACUUUUCCGGCUACAAGGCUGGCAAUGCCCACAGUCCCGCUCUGAUCGAGCCCACUUGCAGCGCAGCAAUAAACUGUACCUGUGAUAAGGAGAACUUUGCACCGAUCUGUGCCGAUGGGACGAUGUAUAUAUCGGCCUGCCAUGCCGGCUGCAGCACCUCCUCGCUGCGGCCCAGCGACAAUCGCACACUCUACUCGGACUGUGCUUGCAUUCCAGAUGCUGCGGAGGCGGUCAACGGUUACUGUGAUAAUAACUGCAAGAACUUCAUCUACUUUAUACUGAUCUUUGCCAUUUGCGUAUUUAUGCAUUCCACCUCCGAGGUGGGCAGUAUGCUGCUCGUCAUGCGCUGUACACAUCCGAAAGACAAGGCCAUGGCCAUGGGUGUGAUACAGUCUGCCAUUGGCUUAUUCGGGAAUGUUCCUUGUCCGAUCAUUUAUGGGGCUGUGGUCGACUCGGCGUGCCUCAUCUGGAAGUCUGUGUGUGGCAAGCACGGUGCCUGCUCGCUCUACGAUGCGGAUACUUUCAGGCAUUAUUUCUUAGGAAUCACGGCCGGCAUCAUGUUUCUGGCUUUUCUGAUGGAUCUGGUGGUGUGGCGCAAGGCGCAUCGCAUUGAUAUCGCACCCGAAGACCCACAGGAAGGAGCGGCAGCGGCCAAUGGCCGGUCCCUAGAUGUGUCCGAGUCGAAGCAGCCCAUUACCCCGGCACCGGACACCACUGUCUAGUUAGAGGCGGGAUCUAGGGCGGGAUCAGAUGGGACAGGACGGGACACAGACAAGCAUUGCAGGAACUCUGCAAGAUUUCCAAUAAACGUUAAACCUUAAUUGUUAAUUAGUUAUCAUUUUGUCUAGUUUUUUAGCCUAGUGCAAGAGUUAUGUAAUUAGUUAAGUGGCAUAUACCCAUACCCAUACCCCUCUCCUUCUCUUCUCUAUUCUACAUACUCGUAGGACCUAGGGAAUACGAUUUUGAAAUCUGUGUAAAUCUCAACGUUAUAGUCGAAAAAAGGAUCGAAGAAAAUGUAAUUGUAGAAACACUAUCAAUACAUAUAUAUAUACCGAUAAAUGAUCGAAAAUUGUGCAAAAUGGCCAGAAAAAUUGAUAAAUCUGUAUGUAUAACUACUAUAUAUGUAUAUGUAACAGCUAUAUCUGGUGUAUCUGAUGUAUGUAUGUAUGUAUGUAUGUAUGUUUUUUUUUAUACUUAUACAUAUGUAACUGUAAUUACAAGUUAUACACUAGACAUUUACAUUUACAUAGUACAUUUACAUGUAUUGUAUGUAUGUAUGUAAUUGCAACCUAUCUGUGGUAGUUAAAUUUUAGUUAAAAUUCAAAUUAAAUGUCUAAGUUUGUCAUACAACCGCAACAGCAGCAACAAGAAUAUACGAAAAGAAAUUAAAUUGAAAACUAUAUACAAACAAA